AUGCCAAAAUUAGUUUUAGUUAGACACGGUCAAUCAGAGUGGAAUGAAAAAAAUUUAUUUACUGGUUGGGUUGAUUGUAAAUUAUCAGAAACUGGUAGAAAAGAAGCUAAAAGAGCCGGUGAAUUAAUUAAAGAAGCUGGUAUUAAUGUUGAUGUUUUACAUACUUCUGUAUUAUCAAGAGCUAUUCAAACUGCUAAUAUUGCUUUAGAUGAAGCUGAUCAAUUAUAUGUCCCUGUUAAGAGAACUUGGAGAUUAAAUGAAAGACAUUACGGUGCUUUACAAGGUAAAGAUAAAGCUGAAUGUUUAGAAAAAUUUGGUAAAGAAAAAUUUCAAACUUAUAGAAGAUCUUUUGAUGUUCCUCCUCCAAAAAUUGAUCCAAAAGAUGAAUAUUCACAAAUUGGUGAAAGAAGAUACAAUGAUAUUGAUCCUUCUGUUAUACCAUUAACUGAAUCUUUAAAAUUAGUUAUUGAUAGAUUAUUACCUUAUUGGCAAGAUGAAAUUGCUGGUGAUUUAUUAGAUGAUAAAGUUGUUUUAAUUGCUGCUCAUGGUAAUUCUUUAAGAGGUUUAGUUAAACAUUUAGAUAAUAUUUCUGAUGAUGAUAUUGCUGGUUUAAAUAUUCCAACUGGUAUUCCCUUAGUUUAUGAAUUAGAUUCAAAUUUAAAACCAACUAAGCCGGCUUAUUAUUUAGAUCCUGAAGCUGCUGAAGCUGGUGCUGCUGCAGUUGCUGCUCAAGGUCAAAAGAAAUAG